AUGACUACUAUUAGACCAUUUACAUGUGAAGAUAUGUUAAAAUUUAAUAAUGUAAAUUUAGACCCAUUAACAGAGACGUAUGGAUUAUCGUUUUACACUCAGUAUUUAGCUCACUGGCCUGAAUACUUUCAAGUUGUAGAAUCGGCCAAUGGUGAAAUAAUGGGCUACAUAAUGGGUAAAGCUGAGGGUCACGGAGACAAUUGGCAUGGCCAUGUCACAGCCUUAACAGUGGGUCCUGAAUACAGACGGUUGGGAUUAGCAGCUACUCUUAUGAAUAUUUUGGAAGAAGUUUCUGAAAAAAAAAAGGCCUAUUUUGUGGAUCUCUUCGUAAGAGUUAGCAAUAAGGUGGCAAUAAAUAUGUACAAAAAUUUAGGAUAUAUAGUGUAUAGAACUGUAUUAGAAUAUUAUUCUGGAGAUCCAGAUGAAGAUGCAUAUGAUAUGAGAAAGGCUUGCUCAAGAGAUGUUAAUAAAAAAUCAGUAAUACCACUGACUCAUCCUGUUAGACCUGAAGAUGUUGAUUGA